AUGUGGGGGGCGCGGGCGACUGCGAUGCCGCGCUGGGCCCGGACGCUGCGCAGCUCCGCCGCUCUGAGCGGCUCCAGGAACCUGCUGAAGAAAAUGCUGCGCAAAAACAAGAAGAAGUUCUGGUACGACAGCCCUACCCUGGGGUCCAGAAUGAUGCUCAAGCCAACUGAGGUGGCCUCUGUGCCGCAGGAUGAGAAGAGGAGAACCAAGAAGGAAGACAGCAUCCGCUGCAGGGUCCUGAACAGCCUGAUUCACAAGGCUCUGGCGGACAUGAUGACCACCUGCGAGAUCAGCCAGGAGCUCUAUGACCUCCGGCUGGACAUCUGCAAGGUGUCCCUGGCAUCCAACUUCUCAGCCUGUCGUAUCUACUGGAACCCUGCUGCCACCACGGAGAAGGAAAGCUACAUUGAAAGGGUCCUGCAGAGGAGUGCCCCCCGCAUACGGUACCUCCUGACCAGCCGUCAGGUUGUGGGCAACAUGCCCCCAGUGGUGUUUGUGAAGGACAGGGAAGGUGCAGCUGUGAGAGAGGUUGAGGAGUUACUCUCAGUUGCUGAUUUUGGACCUCCAGAAGAAGAAACAUUGCCUCAGGAUGAUUCUAGGGAGCUGCUGUCCCCAGCAGCUCAGCCUGUAGAGCCUCCCCUGCGCCCCAAUCUCUUCGGUAUUGAUCAUGUAGCACUCCAUAAGCAGAUCAUGGACUAUAAGAGGCUGAAAGUGUCCAGAGAGAUGGGAGGCAGUGCCUGGAUGGAGGAGCAGAAGCAGCAACUGAGCAGGAUGCAGAAGCAAAGGAAGAGGAAGCCAUCAGGGGAGCCUCCUGACGAUGACCUCACCCCACAGCAGUACCUGCAGGGCAGGCAGGAGGCUGAGCAUUGCCACAAUGACACCGAACUGGCUGUGGACUAUGAGCUGGAGGAUGACUUGCAGGAGGAGGCAGAGGAGCUUGGUAAGGCUCUGAGCCAGCCUGCUGACAAACUGCCAUGAAGAGACCACUCCUCCUGUGGAAGGGAGGCUGCCAAGAGCAAACCCCCCAACAAGAUCCUGAAGGGUCUGUUUUGUGCAGCCUGUGGGCAGGGCUGUAAGGGCACAGGGUGUGGCUGCUGGGGGCAUCUGCGGGGCUCUGAACCACAGAGCAGGUUGUGAUGCCACAGUGCUCAGAGUGUAGCAUUGGGACAGGAGUGCAGGGAGUUCUGCUGAGCACUUCCAGUAAAGAAGUGGAAGUUCUGUGCCUGUGUUGGGAGCAAAUGUGGGCUUAGGGGGUUUGGUUUAUUUUGAGUGAUGCCAAAGUGCUGGUGUCUGUCAUUGGAAGGUCAGGAGGGAAAAGGGAAGCAGAAUACUGACAGUGGUGUUCCAGGAACAGCCAGCAGCACAGGGUGGGUGCUCAGUCUCGGGGGGCAGCUCUUUCCACAGGAAGGUUUUAGCUCACUGAAAUUAUGGCCAAUAAAGGCAAAAC